AUGUGGCUCAGCCCGGAGACGCCAGCCCUACCAGCCUUGUCUGUGUGUUUCUCUUCGAAGGACAUUCCCAUCCCGACCUUAAAAGCCUACGCCGAAGCGCUGAAGAGCAACACCUAUGUGAAAAAGUUCAGCAUAGUUGGAACCAGAAGCAACGACCCCGUCGCUUAUGCACUAGCGGAAAUGCUGAAAGUCAACAGCGUCUUGACGAGCUUGAAUGUGGAAUCUAACUUCAUUUCUGGAUCGGGAAUCCUGGCUCUCAUAGGAGGGCUCCAGAACAACAAGACGCUGAUUGAGCUCAAAAUCGACAACCAG